AUUCAGUCAUACUUUGUCACUGACUAUGACCCCACCAUCGAAGACUCGUAUACAAAGCAGUGUGUGAUCGACGAAAGGCCGGCCAGGCUCGACACUUUGAAGAAAUCUACAAAUUCCAAAGACAGAUUCUCCGAGUCAAAGACAGAGACGAAUUCCCGAUGAUCCUCGUCGGAAACAAAGCGGAUCUGGAACUACAGAGACAAGUAACCCAGGAAGAAGGCCAGCAGCUGGCCAGACAGUUAAAGGUCACAUAUAUGGAGGCUUCAGCCAAAAUCCGAAUGAACGUAGACCAAGCUUUCCACGAGCUGGUUAGGGUAAUCAGGAAAUUCCAAGAACAAGAAUGCCCACCAUCGCCAGAGCCCAUGAGGAAAGAGAAAGACAAGAGUGGCUGCCAUUGUGUGAUUGUCUGAUUUUUUUUUUGCCUUAUCACUGUAACUCAAGCAGCUGCUCUACCGCCCCGCCCACUCUGCCUGACAUCACAUCCCUCGUGGAUGACUGACCGCUGCCUUCUCCAUGUGCAUGACUUCAGACGGCCUUUUUCUGAGAUCCUCUGACCAGGAGCUGCUGUUUUCUGGGACAUCUCUAAGGACAACUGACAAUGCCAAAUUUUUAACACCACUCUACCUUCAGCCGUAAUCUUAAUUCAAACAAGAGAAUAUCAACACUAAAACAUUGCCUUCUAAAUCCGCCUGACAAAAUCAUUGUUUUAUACUCUGAAGGACUUCUCUUGCCUUGUAGUGAUGUUUGUACUUGCUACC